GCUGCCCGGCCUGUCGACAGCCAGUCGGGAUCUCUGCUCCCAGCCAGCCUCAACAAAGGCUGUCAACCGCACCGAUUUGCUUGAAAAUGCGGAAAUGCGAAAAGCCAAAACCCGGCAGGGGCGGAAAACGGAAAAAAGACCGAAAGCAAGUAGUAUGCGUGUGCACGUGACCCGGCCCCAACCUCGUUUCGUUCUGUUGAUCCUCCGAAUCGCCGUGGCCACGACUUGGCCCCCUGUCAGCAGGACGACCACGCAGCAGCGGGGCAGCAGUGCAGCAGCGGGCACUGCGCAAAUCCUCUACUGCACUGGCGUGGGCAUUGCAAAGGUGUGUGUGGUGUUCCGCUCCCCACAUGACCGUGGCCAUGCAAGUGCCAUGGCUAUUCCCAAUGCCAGUGCCAUCAGCACCAGUUGCCACUGCCCGCACCACCGGCUGUUGGCCGUUUCUGCCGCUCGUCUCCUCACGGCUAAAACUACCGCAAUCAGCGUUUUCCGUUUCGCGGUUUUCUCUCCUCCCGGAGGAUGCCUCGGACCUUGAGCAUUGAGCAUCAUCUACCUGUCGUAACCCAGAAAACAGUCUCCAGACAAAGCGCUACUCCGCAAGUAUACCCACAGGCUCCCAGAGCCCUGUUGCAGUAAUGUCCUUGUGCGUUGUACCCGAGCUUCACAAAUUAUCGUAACUUGUAGCCUGUAAAAUAGAGAUAUUCGGAACUUCUACAGAAGCACGCUACACACUAUAGUCUUUCAAUACCCAUUGCUUUGGAACCAGGCCAGUAAAUCGCCACGCGCCCUUUCCCUCCAACGAACAUCGUUACGCAU